CCGGGCUAGGCGGCGGCGGCGGCGGCCAUGGCCCGCCUGGCCGACUACUUCAUCGUGGUGGGCUACGACCAUGAGAAACCAGGAUCGGGACCAGGUCUGGGAAAAAUAAUCCAGAGAUUUCCACAAAAGGACUGGGAUGAUACACCCUUUCCACAGGGAAUUGAAUUGUUUUGUCAGCCAGGUGGAUGGCAACUAUCCAGAGAGAGGAAGCAGCCAACAUUUUUUGUGGUGGUUCUGACAGAUAUUGACUCAGAUCGACAUUACUGCUCAUGCUUGACCUUCUAUGAGGCAGAAAUCAACCUUCAGGGAACAAAGAAAAAAGAGAUUGAUGGUGAAGUGGAAGUGUCUGGCUUAAUUCAGCCUGCAGAAGUAUUUGCUCCCAAAAGCUUGGUGUUGGUAUCCAGACUGGACUACCCGGAAAUUUUUAGGGCUUGCCUGGGUUUGAUUUAUACUGUAUAUGUGGACAGUCUGAAUGUCUCCUUGGAGAGUCUCAUAGCAAAUCUGUGUGCUUGCCUUGUUCCAGUAACUGGAGGGUCUCAGAAGCUGUUUUCCUUGGGUGCAGGAGAUAGGCAACUGAUCCAAACUCCUUUACAUGAUAGUCUUCCUGUCACAGGCACUAGUGUUGCUGUCUUGUUCCAGCAGUUGGGAAUUCAAAAUGUUCUCAGCCUCUUUUGUGCAGUUCUCACAGAAAAUAAAGUUCUCUUCCAUUCUGCAAGUUUCCAGAGACUUAGUGAUGCUUGUAGAGCCUUGGAAUCUUUAAUGUUUCCUCUUAAAUAUAGUUAUCCUUAUAUUCCCAUUCUGCCAGCUCAACUUCUGGAAGUUCUUAGUUCCCCAACACCUUUCAUUAUUGGAGUACAUUCUGUCUUUAAAACUGAUAUCCAUGAACUUCUAGAUGUAAUCAUAGCAGACUUGGAUGGAGGCACUAUUAAAAUUCCUGAAUGUAUUCACCUCUCUUCCAUCCCAGAACCACUCCUACAUCAGACUCAAGCAGCUCUUUCUUUGAUUCUGCACCCAGACUUAGAAGUAGCGGAUCAUGCUUUUCCUCCUCCACGAACUGCUUUAUCACACUCAAAAAUGCUGGAUAAAGAAGUUCGUGCAGUUUUUCUUAGAUUUUUUGCACAGCUUUUCCAAGGAUAUAGAUCAUGUCUACAACUUAUAAGGAUUCAUGCAGAACCAGUAAUACAUUUUCACAAGACAGCUUUCUUGGGACAGCGUGGUUUAGUAGAAAAUGAUUUCCUCACUAAAGUUCUCAAUGGAAUGGCAUUUGCUGGUUUUGUUUCAGAAAGAGGGCCUCCCUAUAGAACCUGUGAUCUCUUCGAUGAGUUGGUAGCUUUUGAAGUAGAACGAAUUAAAGCUGAAGAAAAUAAUCCUUUGAAGAUGAUAAAGCAUGUCAGAGAACUUGCAGAACAACUAUUCAAAAAUGAGAAUCCAAACCCUCAUAUGGCAUUCCAGAAAGUACCACGCCCAACAGAAGGAUCCCACUUAAGAGUUCAUAUUCUUCCCUUUCCAAAAAUUAAUGAAGUCCGAGUCCAGGAAUUAAUACAGGAAAAUCUUUGUAAGAAUCAGAAUGCACCAACUGCUUCAAGAAUGGAAAAGAAAUGUGUUGUGCCAGCAGGUCCCCCUGUUGUUUCAAUAAUGGAUAAGGUGACAACAGUUUUCAACAGUGCACAGAGAUUGGAAGUUGUUAGAAACUGCAUUUCAUUCAUAUUUGAAAAUAAAACAUUGGAGACUGAAAAGACCCUUCCUGCUGCAUUGAGAGCCCUUAAAGGAAAGGCAGCAAGACAGUGUCUCACAGAUGAGCUGGGACUGCAUGUCCAGCAAAAUAGGGCAAUAUUAGAUCACCAGCAGUUUGACUACAUCAUAAGGAUGAUGAACUGUACUCUACAGGAUUGUUCAAGUUUAGAAGAAUAUAACAUUGCUGCUGCACUACUCCCUUUGACCAGUGCUUUUUAUAGGAAACUGGCCCCUGGAGUCAGCCAAUUUGCUUACACCUGUGUACAGGAUCAUCCCAUUUGGGCAAACCAGCAAUUUUGGGAAACAACAUUUUACAAUGCAGUGCAAGAGCAGGUUCGCUCCCUCUAUCUCUCCGCCAAGGAAGACAAUCAUCUGAAGUACAAGGAUAAGCAUCCUAGUGACCAAUAUCAAGAGAAGACAGCAAUGGACCUGGCAGCUGAGCAAUUACGCCUUUGGCCGACUCUGAGCAAAUCGACUCAACAGGAGUUGGUGCAGCGUGAGGAAAGCACAGUCUUUAGUCAAGCCAUUCACUUUGCAAACCUCAUGGUCAACCUGCUGGUUCCACUAGAUACAAGUAAAAACAAGCUUCUAAGAACAUCAGCUCCAGGAGACUGGGAGAGUGGGAGCAACAGCAUUGUCACAAACAGUAUUGCAGGAAGUGUAGCCGAGAGCUAUGAUACAGAAAGUGGAUUUGAAGAUUCAGAGAAUAAUGACAUUGCUAAUUCUGUUGUACGGUUUAUUACCCGAUUUAUUGACAAGGUUUGUACAGAGAGUGGAGUUACUCAGGAUCACAUUAAGAGCCUUCACUGCAUGAUACCAGGAAUUGUAGCUAUGCAUAUUGAAACGCUGGAAGCAGUACAUCGAGAGAGUAGAAGGCUUCCACCUAUACAGAAGCCCAAGAUUCUUAGACCAGCUCUACUGCCAGGAGAAGAAAUCAUUUGUGAAGGUCUUCGAGUCCUUCUGGAUCCUGAUGGACGAGAAGAAGCCACUGGCGGUCUUCUUGGAGGACCUCAGCUCUUACCAGCAGAAGGUGCCUUGUUCCUCACUACAUAUAGAAUCCUGUUCAGAGGGACUCCCCAUGAUCAGCUAGUUGGUGAGCAGACAGUUGUGCGGAGUUUUCCCAUUGCCUCCAUCACCAAGGAAAAGAAGAUUACAAUACAAAACCAACUACAGCAGAACAUGCAAGAAGGACUACAGAUCACAUCAGCAUCUUUUCAGUUGAUUAAAGUAGCAUUUGAUGAAGAAGUGGGUCCAGAAGUAGUGGAAAUCUUUAAGAAGCAAUUGAUGAAGUUUCGUUAUCCUCAGUCCAUUUUCACUACCUUUGCUUUUGCUGCUGGACAGAAUACCCCACAAAUAAUUUUGCCCAAGCAAAAGGAAAAAAAUACUUCAUUUCGCACCUUCUCAAAAACAAUUGUAAAAGGUGCCAAAAGGGCCGGGAAAAUGACAAUUGGCCGGCAGUAUUUAUUGAAGAGGAGAACUGGGACAAUUGUAGAAGAGAGAGUGAAUCGCCCUGGAUGGAAUGAAGAAGAUGACAUUUCUGUUUCAGAUGAUAGUGAACUCCCCACAAGCACCACCUUGAAGGCCUCAGAGAAGUCUACAUUGGAACAGUUAGUGGAAAAGGCUUGUUUUAGAGACUAUCAACGUUUAGGUUUGGGAACCAUAAAUGGUACCUCUUCUCGCACAAAACCAGAGUACUUUCGGAUCACUGCCUCCAACAGGAUGUAUUCACUCUGCCAGAGCUAUCCUGGCCUUUUAGUUAUACCUCAAGCUGUACAAGACAGUAGUUUACCACGAGUAGCCCGCUGCUAUAGACAUAAUCGCCUUCCUGUUGUAUGUUGGAAGAACUCAAGAACUAGUACCCUGCUCCUCCGAUCUGGAGGAUUCUAUGGAAAGGGAGUCGUUGGUCUUUUCAAAUCUCAGAAUUCCCCUCAGUCAGUUCCUACCUCUUCUUUAGAAUCCUCUAGUAGCAUAGAACAAGAAAAGUACUUGCAAGCCUUACUGAAUGCAGUUUCUGUCCACCAGAAACUCAAUGGCAAUAACACCCUCACUGUCAAGCCAGCACUUGCUCUGUCUCCAGGGACUGAAAGAAGGACUUCAAGAAUGUCCACUGUGCUUAAGCAGGUAGUGCCAGGACAUUUGGAUGUAAACCCAUCCAAUAGCUUUGCUCGAGGAGGUGUCUGGGCAAGUCUACGCUCUAGCACUCGCUUGAUCAGCUCUCCAACAUCCUUCAUUGAUGUUGGUGCCCGGCUAGCAGGCAAGGAUCAUUCUGCCUCCUUUAGUAACAGCACCUACUUGCAAAACCAGCUCUUGAAACGCCAAGCAGCCCUUUAUAUAUUUGGUGAAAAGUCACAACUAAGGAACUUCAAGUUAGAAUUUUCUUUAAAUUGUGAAUUUGUUCCUGUUGAAUUUCAUGACAUCCGACAAGUAAAAGCCAGUUUCAAAAAACUCAUGAGAGCUUGUGUUCCAAGCACUAUUCCUACUGACUCAGAAGUGACCUUCCUGAAGGCCUUAGGAGAUUCUGAAUGGUUCCCACAGCUUCACAGGAUCUUACAGCUGGCUGUAGUUGUAUCAGAAGUACUUGAGAAUGGAUCCUCAGUUUUAGUCUGUUUGGAAGAAGGCUGGGACAUCACCACACAAGUGACAUCUUUGGUUCAACUACUCAGUGAUCCCUUUUAUAGGACACUAGAAGGCUUCCGGAUGUUGAUUGAAAAAGAAUGGCUCUCUUUUGGUCAUAAGUUCAAUCAGAGGAGUAGCUUGACCCUCAACAACCAAGGUGGUGGUUUUGCUCCAAUCUUCCUGCAGUUCUUGGAUUGUGUACAUCAGGUUCACAACCAGUAUCCAACCGAGUUUGAAUUUAAUCUCUAUUACUUAAAAUUCUUGGCUUUUCACUGCGUAUCAAAUCGCUUUAAAACAUUUCUCCUGGAUUCUGACUAUGAAAGACUAGAGCAUGGAACUUUAUUUGAUGAUAAGGGAGACAAGCCAGCCAAAAAAGGAAUUUGUAUUUGGGAAUGUAUUGAUAGAAUGCACAAGAAGAGUCCCAUUUUCUUUAAUUAUUUGUAUUCACGAGUGGAAAUAGAGGUCCUGAAACCUAAUGUAAAUGUCUCCAACCUCAAGAAAUGGGAUUACUACAUAGAGGAAACCCUGUCUGCUGGGCCUUCAUAUGACUGGGUGAUGCUGACAUCUAAGCACUUCCCUCCUGAGGAUUCGAAUCUAGCUGUAGGCACUGGACCUCAAAGCCAGAGGAGAACCGUGUGGCCGUGCUAUGACGAUGUCAGCCAUUCACAGCCAGAUGCACUCACCAGCCUUUUCCGUGAAAUUGAAAGAUUGGAGCAUAAAUUGAACCAAACCCCUGAGAAGUGGCAGCAGCUGUGGGAAAGAGUAACUGUGGAUCUUAAGGAAGAGCCUAGAACAGAUCACCCCCAAAGACAGCCUUCAGGCCUUCCAGGAAUUAUAUCUCCCAACCUCCCUUCCUAUCAGAAGAAAUUUGUGCUGCACCUCCCAGAAAGUAGCUCUGGGGAGGAACAGAAUGUCAACAUCUCCCCAUCCAAUGGUGUGGACCGCCGGGCAGCCACACUCUACAGCCAGUACACCUUCAAGAACGAGGAGAACAGGUCCUUUGAGGGAACACUUUACAAAAGAGGGGCUUUGCUGAAAGGUUGGAAGCCUCGUUGGUUUGUUUUGGAUGUUACGAAACAUCAGCUGCGAUACUAUGACUCUGGUGAGGACACCAGCUGUAAAGGCCACAUCGACCUGGCUGAAGUGGAAAUGGUCAUCCCUGCUGGCCCCAGCAUGGGAGCUCCCAAGCACACGAGUGACAAGGCCUUCUUCGAUCUCAAGACCAGCAAACGUGUAUAUAACUUCUGUGCCCAGGAUGGACAGAGUGCUCAGCAGUGGAUGGACAGGAUCCAGAGCUGUAUCUCUGAUGCUUGAUGCUUAUGGUCCUCCCAAACUGAUAAAAACAAAAAGGGCAUGAAUCCUUCCUUGAGUUGCUGAUGAGUCAUUCCAAGGCAUGAGGUUCUCCUGCCCAGUCUUAGCAGGUCCCCUCAUUCAGCAGUUGCUGUCUGCUAGCCUGAGUGGAUGUGUCACACAGCUCCAGACACUAACAUAUAUUGCACUAAAUUAUUCUAACAGGGACUUAGUCAUUAGGAUCAGAAGAAUGCUUCCUGAGCCAACUGUCUUCUAUGCCCUCAGUACCCAGCAACCAUGACCACCUUCUGAGGUCCUAUGUUCUCCAAGACCUUAGAUCUAUGAAGUAUUUUCUGACCAAAAAAAAAAAAAUCAAAACCCUCCAAGAUGAUUUUAUGUGCUCCUAGAAUAGGUUCCCACUGACGGUUUCUACUCUCACUGCCUCACCACAAAGAGGUUCCAUUCUCUGGUGCUCCAAAAGGUGCUUCCGUCGACCCUCUUGCCAUUGGGGUUCACAGCAAGAACAUCGGUGCUUAGUGGUGGGCAAGUAGGGAGUCCCUAGGAUUAUCCUGAUGGGAAGUGUCUUUCCAGGGAAUAAUGCAACAAUGACCAGGCCUGUGCAAGUUAAAAACUGCUUCGCAAACCCUGAAUCCUCUGUGCCAGAGGUGCUCUGAGCAUCCAGGAUCCUGUGUUCUGCUUCCUGAUGGCUUCCUGCACAGAGUAGCAUGCAAAAAGUUGAAUGCACUAACCGCUGAACAAACAUUUGCACUGACCGCCUAAUGAAGUGAAAUUGUUGGAAAGACAGAAGCCAGCUGUUGACACUUAGCUAUGACAAGAGCUGUGUAGGCCGCAGUUACACUGAGUUGUAGCCAGGUACUCAGAUUCCAUUUCUGCACGAGUGCAGUGAGAGCUACUUCUGAAGCUUCUUCACCUUCUGAUAAACUGAUGUGUGUUUUUAGCUCAUGAUCCAGGGAACAUGACCCA